AUGCAGUUGUGCGCGUGCGCAUAUGGCACAAGGCUGCGAUCUCAAACCCCUUGGACCAUCAGCGUUAUAUUUCCCACAAUCACGUCACUGGCGAGGAUUAGACCAGGACGCCGGGGUCUAAUAGCGAUUCGUGGACUGGCUAGUUCCCUAACCCUGACAUUGGGUAAAAAGUGUCUUUCUCACAACGCAGUUACCUAUCUGUGCCCUUACCGAUUUCUAAUCUUUAAACCAACCAACAUCAAUGCAACCUUAAUUAAUUAA